AGAUCAAGUUGAAACAUCCCCUGGGAACUAAGACUCCAUCAUGGGCAAGAUCAUCUUCUACGAGGAGAGAAACUUCCAGGGUCGCUCCUAUGAGUGCCUCAGUGACUGCUCUGACAUUUCCUCCUACCUGGGCAGGUGCCAGUCUUGCAGGGUGGAGAGCGGCUGCUUCAUGAUCUAUGAACGUCCCAACUACAUGGGCAUGCAGUUCUUCCUGAGGAGAGGAGAAUACCAUGACAUGCAGCGCAUGAUGAGCAUGGGUAUGAUGUUCGACUCCAUCAGAUCCUGCAGAAUGAUCCCCCAUCACAGAGGAUCAUUCAGGAUGAGGAUCUACGAAAGGGAGAACUUCGGUGGUCAGAUGAAUGAGCUGUUGGAUGACUGUGACUCCAUCAUGGAUCGCUACCGCAUGUCUGACUGCAUGUCCUGCCAUGUGAUGGAUGGUCACUGGCUGAUGUACGAGCAGCCGCACUACAGAGGCAGGAUGAUGUACAUGAGGCCUGGAGAGUACAGGAGCUUCAUGAACAUGGGCAUGAGUGGAAUGAGGUUCAUGAGCAUGAGGAGGAUCACUGAUAUUUGUUAGACUUCUAUUGUCACAUGAGCAAAUAAAAAUAAUGUAAUUCACUGCCACACAUUCAGUUUCUGUUUGUCUACUGCUUAUAGACAAACAGAUAUACUUUUUAAAUAUUCUAAAAUAAAAUGAAUUGAUGAAAUAUGUA